GCCCAUGUGACAGGACCGCACGCUCCGGAGCUCGCGGCCGCACGAGGCUGUGGGGCUGUGUGACCGGAACGUGGUGAGCACGAGCUCCCACACUCCCAAACCUCGCGACAAUUUCCAGCCCUGGGGAGAGCCGUUGGGUUUGAGCCUGCGCACAGCGUGCCUCGUGCCUUCCCGCGUUUUUCUGGGCUUUUCCGCCACCGGAAGGGAAGCGGCGGGCGCCUGUGCCGAAAGUGGGAUGACCACAGACACCUGAGGGACCUGAACUGGAUCGCCAUGCCUACCCUGCGCUCCUCCUCCUCCCGGCUCCAUAGCUCCUCUUCCCCAAGCAGUGUGUCCUCCCCACUGCGGAGAGUUGCGGGAGGUGUCCAGAGGGCCUUGCCUGCACCUUCUAGUUCCCCCGCCAAUCUGCCCUGUGAUGAGAGGGACUCAGACCAUGCUUCAGAGGGGAAUAGUGACUCUGUGUCUGCUGAUGGAGGGAGUGACUUUGAAGACAGCUUGAGACGCAGUGUGAAGAGAACAGCAAAACGACCACUCAAAACAGCCCCAAUGGCAAAACAUCCUAAGAAGGGGCCCCAAAUGGUACGUGGUCAUGGCUGGAAAGAGUCAGAGCGACCAGCCAACGAUCUCUUUGAUGCUGUGAAAACUGCCAAAAGUGACAUGCAGUCUUUAGUAGAUGAGUGGCUGGAUAACUACAAGCAAGACCAAGAUGCAGGAUUCCUGGAGCUAAUUAACUUUUUCAUCCGAUCUUGUGGAUGUAAAGGCACUGUGACCCCCGAGAUGUUCACGAAGAUGUCCAACUCAGAGAUCAUCCAGCACCUAACAGAACAGUUUAAUGAGGACUCAGGGGACUACCCCCUGACAGCUCCAGGUCCAUCCUGGAAGAAGUUCCAGGGCAGCUUCUGUGAGUUUGUGAGAACAUUGGUCUAUCAGUGCCAGUAUGGCCUCCUCUAUGAUGGCUUCCCUAUGGACAACCUCAUCUCCCUUCUCACCGGCCUCUCAGACUCCCAAGUUCGUGCCUUCCGUCACACUAGCACCCUCGCUGCCAUGAAACUGAUGACCUCCCUGGUGAGAGUUGCCCUACAACUGAGUCUGCACAAAGACAACAAUCAGCGUCAGUAUGAGGCCGAACGAAACAAGGGGCCAGGGCUGAGAGCACCUGAGCGGCUGGAGAGCCUGUUGGAGAAACGAAAAGAGCUCCAAGAGCAUCAAGAGGAAAUUGAGGGGAUGAUGAAUGCCCUCUUCAGGGGUGUCUUUGUACAUCGGUACAGGGAUGUCCUUCCUGAGAUCCGUGCUAUCUGCAUCGAGGAAAUUGGGUGUUGGAUGCAAAACUACAGUACCUCUUUCCUCACUGACAGCUAUUUAAAAUAUAUUGGCUGGACCCUGCAUGAUAAGCACCGGGAAGUCCGUCUGAAGUGCUUGAAGGCUCUUAAAGGGCUGUACAGCAAUCGGGACCUGACUGCACGCCUGGAGCUCUUCACCAGCCGCUUCAAGGACCGGAUGGUUUCCAUGGUCAUGGACAGAGAGUACGAUGUGGCAGUGGAGGCCGUCAGGCUGCUAAUACUUAUCCUUAAGAACAUGGAAGGGGUGCUGACGGAUCCAGACUGUGAAAGCAUCUAUCCUGUUGUGUAUGCCUCUAAUCGAGCCCUAGCCUCUGCUGCGGGAGAGUUUCUGUACUGGAAGCUCUUCUACCCUGAGUGUGAGACAAGAACAGUGGGUGAAAGGGAGCGACGCCAAAGCCCACGUGCCCAGAGGACUUUCUUCCGCCUUCUGCUGUCCUUCUUUGUACAGAGUGAGCUCCAUGACCAUGCGGCUUACUUAGUAGACAGCCUGUGGGACUGUGCAGGAUCUCAGCUGAAGGACUGGGAGAGUCUGACAAGCCUGCUACUGGAGAAGGACCAGAACCUGGGCGACGUGCAGGAGAGCACGCUGAUAGAAAUCCUCGUAUCCAGUGCCCGGCAAGCUUCAGAGGGUCACCCGCCCGUGGGGCGGGUCACUGGGAGGAAGGGCUUAACCUCUAAAGAACGCAAGACCCAAGCUGAUGACAAAGUGAAACUGACUGAGCACCUCAUCCCCCUGCUACCCCAGCUCCUGGCCAAGUUCUCGGCUGAUGCAGAGAAGGUCGCGCCCUUGCUCCGGCUUCUUGGCUACUUUGACCUCAACAUCUACUGCACUGGGCGCUUGGAGAAGCACCUGGAGCUAUUCUUGCAGCAACUCCAGGAGGUGGUGGUGAAGCACGCAGAGCCAGCUGUGCUUGAGGCAGGAGCUCACGCCCUCUACCUGCUCUGUAAUCCUGAGUUCACUUUCUUUAGCCGGGUGGACUUUGCCCGCAGCCAACUGGUGGAUCUGCUGACCGACCGCUUCCAGCAGGAACUUGAAGAGCUGCUGCAGUCAUCCUUCCUAGAUGAGGAUGAGGUGUAUAAUCUGGCAGCCACUCUGAAGCGCCUCUCUGCCUUCUACAACGCUCAUGACCUGACUCGCUGGGAGCUCUAUGAGCCAUGCUACCGACUCCUCCGGAAGGCUGUGGACACGGGAGAGGUUCCUCACCAGGUGACCCUGCCAGCCUUGACUCUUGUCUAUUUUUCCAUCCUCUGGACACUGACCCACGUUUCUGGAUCGGAUGCUUCCCAGAAGCAGCUGCUGAGUUUGAAGGGCAGAAUGGUGGCCUUCUGUGAGCUCUGCCAGAGCUGCCUCUCAGAUGUGGAUCCUGAGAUCCAGGAGCAGGCUUUUGUCUUAUUAAGUGACCUGCUUCUCAUCUUCAGCCCUCAGAUGAUUAUAGGGGGCCGUGAUUUCCUUAGGCCUCUUGUCUUUUUUCCUGAAGCUACUCUCCAGUCUGAGCUGGCCAGCUUCCUCAUGGACCAUGUCUUCAUCCAGCCUGGAGACCUGGGCAGUGGUCAUUCCCAGGAGGAUCAUUUACAGAUAGAGCAGCUGCACCACCGGCGCCGCCUCUUGGCCGGAUUCUGUAAGCUGUUGCUUUAUGGGGUGCUGGAGAUGGACGCAGCCUCAGAUGUUUUCAAGCACUACAACAAGUUCUACAACGACUAUGGUGAUAUCAUCAAGGAAACAUUAACUAGAGCAAGACAGAUUGACCGAAGUCAGUGUUCCCGAAUCCUGCUGUUGAGCCUGAAGCAGUUGUACACAGAACUGCUGCAGGAACAGGGGCCCCAGGGCCUGAAUGAACUUCCAGCCUUCAUUGAGAUGAGGGACCUGGCCCGGAGGUUUGCCUUGAGCUUUGGACCCCAGCAGCUGCAGAACCGUGACCUUGUGGUCAUGCUACACAAGGAAGGCAUCAAGUUCUCCUUGUCUGAGCUUCCUCCAGCUGGCUCCUCCGGUCAGCCCCCAAAUCUUGCGUUCCUAGAGCUCCUUGCAGAGUUUUCCCCCCGACUCUUCCAUCAGGACAAGCAGCUGCUACUGUCUUACUUGGAAAAGUACCUGCAGCAUGUCUCCCAGGUACCUGGCCGUCCCUGGGGUCCAGUCACCACCUACUGCAACUCUCUCAGCCCUGUGGAGAACACAGCAGAGGGCAGCCCUCAGGGAUACCCCCGCUCCAAGAAGAGGCGCCUUGAAGGCCCCUCCAAGCGUAACAGAGAGGACAUGAUCUCCUCCUCCCAGGAAGAAAGCCUGCAGCUGAACAGCAUCCCACCCACGCCCACCCUCACCUCCACAGCUGUGAAGAGCAGGCAGCCCCUGGUGGGUGUGGAGGAAGAAGAAGAUGGCUCAGAAUCGGAGUUUGCCCAAGGCAGCCAGCCCCUUGCAGACACCCACAGGUCAAGGUUCUUGGGUCCACAGUAUUUCCGGACUCCUCACAAUCCUUCAGGUCCUGCUCUGGGCAACCAGCUGACCCGACUCAGCCUUAUGGAAGAGGAUGAAGAAGAAGAGUUAGAAAUUCAGGAUGAGUCAAGUGAAGAAUGGCAAGAUACAGAUAAGCAGGCAGGUAGCCACUCUUCACCCAGUGAGCACAGGCUGGACCUCUUAGAUUCUACAGAGCUGAACCUCGAGGAUUUCUGACAUGACCCUGGGCCCCUCCCAAUCUCCACUCCCCGCCUCAAGGACAUGACCAUUUGGAAAAGGCAAAGAGAAAAGAAGCAAAACUGAAGCAUUGCUUCCAGGCCCAGCCCUGGCCUCUGAGGGAAAGGGGAGCUGGGCAUCGCCUUUCUAACCUAACCUUUCUCUUAGUGAUGUUGGGGUAGAGAAGCCGUGAGACACUGUCCUCCCUAACAUGCCAUGGCUCUGUUCCUCUGCCUGUUUCCUGCUUGGUUUCGGGGGAUAGUGUCACCUCAACAUUGGAGGAGGGGCAUUGCCUCCUUAUGUUUAAUGGAAAGAGCCCAUAGUUCUCCUGUAUUUUUGGAACAUCUUCCCCAGCCUCUUUUGUGCCCUCGUGAUGAACUCAAUAAACAUGUUUGAAUC